AUGCUGUUCCUGUUCCUGUUGUUUUUGUUACCUGCGGUUCUAGCUGCUCCGACCAAGGGAGUUGUUGACCCCACGGUCACAAUCUCGCAUCCCCGGGCCACUAUUCUUGGCUCGUCGGGACCGAACAAGAUCGAUAAUUUUAAUGGCAUCCCCUUCGCACAAUCUCCGACGGGAUCGCUUCGGCUUAAGCCUCCUAAGCCGAUCGAAAGUCCCUUAGGUGCUAUACAGGCGGUUUUGCCGGCCAAAUCAUGUCCUCAAUUUGCUAUGAACACCGACACCAGCGAUUUCCCCGUGUCGGUGAUCGCAAAACUGUCCAACAUUCCAAUCUUCCAAACUAUCACCAAUGCGGGAGAGGAUUGUUUAACUCUCAACAUUCGCCGUCCGUCAGGGACCAAACCUGAUGCAAAACUGCCCGUUUUGGUCUGGAUCUAUGGUGGCGGCUUUGAAACUGGGUCCACUACCAUGUAUGACGGUUCGAGUUUCGUCACUGCAUCUGUGAACUGGAAAAUGCCUGUUAUUUUCGUCACCAUGAACUAUCGCCUGGGCGCAUUCGGGUUUAUGCCCGGUUCGGAGAUUCUCGAAGAUGGAUCUGCCAACCUAGGUCUCCUCGACCAGCGACUGGCGCUAGAGUGGGUUGCAGAUAACAUUGAAGCCUUCGGAGGUGAUCCAUCAAAGGUGACUAUCUGGGGAGAAUCUGCCGGUGCAAUCUCCGUAUUCAAUCAGAUGGCGCUGUACGACGGCGAUCACACCUAUAAUGGCUCCCCACUCUUCCGCGGAGGAAUCAUGAACUCGGGAAGUAUCACUCCUGCUGAUCCUGUGGACUGCCCCAAGGGACAAGCUGUCUUUGAACAUGUGGUGAAGCAUGCCGGCUGCGAGAACGCAGAGGACAGACUGGAGUGUCUGCGCGAUUUGGACUAUACAGCCUUCCUGGAUGCAGCCAACUCCUUCCCCAACGACGUUUCCUAUAAUUCGGUGUCUUUGCCGUAUCUGCCUCGACCCGAUGGCAAGGUCUUGACAGACUCGCCUGAAAUAUUAGCCGAAAGUGGCAGAUACGCUUCUGUGCCAUUUAUCAUCGGCGAUCAGGAAGAUGAAGGCACCAUCUUUUCUUUGGCCCAAGUCAACAUUACAACCACAGAGGAGAUCGUGGACUAUUUGCAAAAUAUCUUCUUUUUCGACGCGACCCGAGACCAGCUCCAAGAACUGGUGUCCAAAUACCCCGAUACCGCAGCAUGCGGCUCACCCUUCCGCACAGGCGGUUUCAACAACUGGUACCCCCAGUACAAACGCAUUGCGUCGCUCCUAGGCGACAUCAGCUUCACCAUCGUCAGACGCGCAUUCCUAACACUCGCCAAAAAAGCAAAACCUGAUGUCCCCUUCUGGUCAUACCUAGCAUCAUACGGCUAUGGAACUCCCAUCCUCGGCACAUUCCAUGGAUCUGAUGUGUUGCAAGUCUUCUACGGGGUUUUACCGAACUACGCAUCCCGAUCAAUUCAUUCCUACUACCUGUCCUUCAUUUACGACCUAGACCCCAACUCUCGAGCCAACCACAUGGACUGGCCGCAGUGGAGUGGUAACCACAGCCUUAUGCAAUUUUUCAGUAACCAUGGUGCUUUACUGGCUGACGAUUUCCGGCAACCGGUCGGUGACUUUAUCUUGGAGAACUUCAAAGCUUUGCAUAUCUAA